UACAUUUCCUCCUCGGGACAUUAAUCACGGACGGACCAGUCGGUGACAGCAGAACAGGCACUUGCCCUUAAACUCGCAUACAGUGAAAAUAACCUUAUAUUUAAAUUAAAUAACUAUUGUUGAAUCCAUAAGGAAAUAUAAGCGUCACCAUGUCUCUUGCGGCAGAGGCCUUCGUGUCGCAGAUGGCAGCUGCUGAGCCCUGGCCUGAAUCGGCCACCUUGUACCAACCACUGAAGGAGGAUCAGAUUCUGCUGUCAGACUGCGCUUCAUCUCUUGCUGUUCAGGCGUACCUCAGGAUGUGCGGUCUACCUGUGCAGGUGGUUUGCAAAUCAAAUGCUGAAUACAUGUCUCCCUCCGGUAAGAUUCCCUUUAUUACGUUGGGGAACCAGGUGGUGUCCGAGCUGGGGCCGAUAGUGCAGUUCACUAAGCUAAGGGUGGGUAAUUCUCUGAGCGAUGGAUUAGAUGAUGUUCAGAGAGCUAAAUGAAAAGCGUACAUGAAGCUCGUCAACAACAUGCUGCUUACUGCUGUAUUGUACAUCCAGUGGUGCGAUGACGCUACAGCUGCUGAGGUGGCCCGCCCCCGGUCCCGCCGUCCUUCCUCGUGGCCUCUCCGUCACGUCCGGCCUAUCAGCCGCCGUGGGAAGGGUCCGCAGGAAGAUGAAUGCAUCGGCUGGGGAGGGAACACCCUGGAGCAGGUGUAUGAUGAUGUGACUCAGUGCUGCCAGGCUCUGUCCCAGAGGCUCGGAACACAACCGUACUUCUUCAAUAAACAACCCACAGAGCUGGACGCCCUGGUGUUCGGUCACCUCUUCACCAUCCUGACCACCAGACUGACCAGCACAGAGCUGGCUGAGCGGAUUAAGAGCUGCAGUAACCUGCUCUCCUUCUGCAGACGCAUCGAGCAGACGUACUUUGAAGACAAGAGCUCCUGAAGGAACAUUGUAUCUCUGCUUCAUCUCCUCCUGAACAUUCAUUCCCUCCCUGUAGCACCGAGAAGCUAAAAACUGCUCUUCUUCACACACGUGUCCCUUUGUGAUUCAUGCUUUCAUUCUCCUUUUUGUGCCGUGCUUGUACAUUGUUGCAUGCUGCUGAUAGCAUUCAUGUUUCCACUGCAUAUAGAUGGAUAUAUCUUAAAGUAAAUACGUUUAGGCUAUCUUAAAGCAACUUAAACUGACAUUUAAUAUCAUCAUUAUGGGCAUUACCGACG